AGACGCGGCCGGCGGCGCUCGAGCACGCGAGUGACGCGUGUGCCCCUCUCCUCUUCUGCCGGUCCCCUCCCCCGCUGUAUUUACGGCGGAGGACGGGAGGACGCGGAGGCGUGGGGGAGCGGCGCGCGGCGAAUCGCAGUCGCUUCAGAGCCUCGCGUCAGUUUGCAUUCACAACCCCGUUUUCCCGCCAUGAUUCAAACCAACCCCGUGUCAGUCGCCGUGUCUCCCGACAACGUGACGUAGACUCAGACCACCUUUGGUUACUUACGGUUACUUCAUCUGAAUCCUCUAAGUUUUCAUCAUGGUCUCCCGGUCUCGCGGUCACGUGCUGGUCUGGGAGCAGCCCGGUCUAGAAGACCAGCGCCCGAAGGCGUACAGCGGUGGUCUCGGCACUCGGCACUGGGUGACGUUCAUGCUGUUCUUGGGCAUGGCGAACGCGUACAUAAUGCGUACCAAUAUGUCCGUGGCCAUUGUGGCUAUGGUCAACCAUACCGCGCUGCCCGUGCACAAGGAGGCGAUGGACACCGAGUGCGGGAACGUCGAUGCUAACGCCACAAACGCGGCGGCGUCACAAGACGGCUCCUUCGUGUGGAGCUCAACACUGCAAGGAUACAUUCUGUCUUCUUUCUUCUAUGGCUACGUCAUCACGCAGAUUCCCUUCGGUAUAUUGUCUAAGAGGUUCGGCGCCCGAUAUUUUCUGGGUGUAGGAAUGUUGAUAAACUCAGUGUUUGGACUACUGGUGCCUGUCGCGGCUGAGGCAGGCUACGAGUGGCUCAUCCUCGUGCGGUUCAUACAGGGUCUGGGAGAGGGUCCGAUUGUGCCGUGUUCGCACGCUAUGUUGGCGAAAUGGAUACCACCCAACGAGAGAAGUCGGAUGGGUGCAGCUGUAUAUGCCGGAGCUCAGUUCGGCACAGUGAUCUCCAUGCCACUGUCGGGGCUGCUGUCGGCGUACGGGUUCGCUGGCGGUUGGCCCUCCAUCUUUUACGUGUUCGGCCUCAUCGGAACCGUCUGGUGCCUCGCCUUCCUCUUCCUCGUCUCCGAGGACCCCGAAGUCUGCCCCAGGAUCAAGGAGGCGGAGAAGAAAUACAUCCUCAGCUCGCUGUGGGGUGCCGCCGGCUCCAGCUCUCCGCCGAUCCCGUGGCGCAAGAUAAUCCUGUCGAUGCCGUUCUGGGCCAUCAUGUUGGCGCACAUGGGACAGAACUACGGCUACGAGACCCUCAUGACGGAGCUGCCUACAUUCAUGCGACAAGUUCUCCACUUCUCUAUCAAGGAUAACGGAUUCGUGUCCGCGUUACCAUAUCUGUGCAUGUGGCUCUUCUCAAUGUUCAUCUCCGUGGUGGCGGACUGGAUGCUGUCCAGCGGCAGAUUCAACCACACUCAAGUCAGGAAGAUCAUCAACAGUAUCGGCGAGUACGGUCCCGCUAUCGGUCUGUUCAUAGCGGCCAACACGGGCUGCAACCCCGCCGCCACUGUCGCCAUACUGGCCGUCGGCGUCGGACUCAACGGCGGUAUCUACUCUGGAUUUAAGGUGAAUCACUUGGACAUAUCCCCGCGGUUCGCGGGCAUCCUGAUGUCCUUCACCAACUGCCUCGCGAACCUGACAGGUCUGCUCGCUCCCAUCGUCGCCGGCUACAUCAUUGAGGGCAGACCAACGCAAGCGCAAUGGAGGAUAGUGUUCUACAUUGCGGGCGGUGUGUACAUAUUCUGUGCGACAUUCUACAAUAUAUUCGGCUCUGGACGGCGGCAGGAGUGGGACAACCCCGCAGAGGACGACGCCCUCGCAAAAAAGGCCGCCGCCAAAAAGGCCGAUAAACUCCAGAAGAAAGCCGCCAAGAACCCCAAUGAAGCGGAGACCGCGCAAUAACAAAACUAACCUAUAAAGUGAUGUGACUUGAUAAACCAAACAUUUUUAAUGAAUAUGACAUUACUAUUGUACAUUUAUAUAAAUUAAGCGAUAUUUAUUCUGUUACUUGUAGCUGUCAAUCUGUAAUGUCUGCGAUAUUUUUAUUCUUUGAUUGUCAUUUUGAAAAAAAAAAAUCGUAACUGGAAUCGUUUGUCUUUAGCGAAGACAAGACGAUUUUCAAAUUAUAUGUAAGUAAAGUUAAUUAUCAGCGAAUUUUAAGUUAGCUUGGAACAUAUGAUACGGGUUUUUGACUUAAAGUACGCUGUGGUAUAAAUAAUCCACUGUCUAAAAUUUUGCUCUAAAAUUAUGAUUUUAAUUUUGACAUUCUCUUAAAAAUUAAUUCAAAUAUCUUCACUUAAAUAAAAAAAAAUAUCCCAAGGCUUGCUACGAAUAAAUAUUAAUUGAAUAUUGUCUUUUGGGACCCAUAAAGACGCACAUCAUUAAGGCUGUGAUAAUCACUAGUAACUGACAGAAAACCCGUAUCGAAGCUAAGCUUGCUAAUUAUGUAAGAACCGUUAUAGUAUUGUUUAUUAAUUUAUAUCGGCUUGAGGGUAUACAUUAAUAUAUAUAUAAACAUUAAUAACUUUGGGUCCAAGAUAUUACAACAAAAACGUUACCGUCCCAGUCAGUGUCUAUAUUUUUCUAAUAAAAUACUCGGUUAACAAAUCAAAAAUAAAGCUGAUUUGUUCCAAUACGCUGGUACGUGUUAUUUUGUCCAAAAAAAAAUACUGACAAAAUUGUCCUCGCAUUAAAUUAUUUGUAAAAUUUAAAUUAUUUUAUAGAAACUCAAAUUUCUUUCGUUAUUUUUGCAGUUUCACUAAAAUUUGUCAUAGACUAAGCAUCAUCAUGUCCACAGAUAAUCUAGUAAAAAGUCAUUUGCGUUUUUUCGCCGUUCGAAAUAACUCAAGUGA